GUAUGCCCUUUAUAGCUUUCUAGCCUAAUUGUGCUGGCUGGAAUCCACAGGACAGCGUUGAACGGGAGUUGAUUAAUAUUAAAGUUGGAAGCGUGCAUCUUUUGCUGGAUAUUGGAAAUUGAGUGUAAUGGCAACAGAAUUUAUAAAGAGUUGCUGUAGGGGAUGUUUCUAUGGUGAAACAGAAAAGCACAACGUUUCUGUGGAAGCUAAAACAGCAGUCUCAAGUAGUCAAAAGACUGCCGUCUGUGUCCCUCCGUUGACUUCUGUUUGUGUAAAGCCUCAGGUUGGCUGUACUGAGGAUUAUUUACUUUCCAAGUUACCAUCUGAUGGCAAACAAGUACCAUUUGUGGUGCCCAAGUUUACGUUAUCUUAUAUUCAGCCCAGGACGCAAGGAACUCCUUCACAUCUAGAAGAACUUGAAGGAUCGGCCAGAGCAUCUUUUGGGGAUCGAAAGGCAGAACUUUCCGGCUCCUCCCACCCUGGAUCCAGCUAUGACGUGUACAACCCGUUCUAUAUGUAUCAGCACAUUUCCCCAGAUCUGAGUCGGCGCUUUCCCCCUACUUCAGAAGUGACAAGACUGUAUGGAUCAGUUUGUGAUUUAAGGACCAACAAACUCCCUGGUUCCCCUGGGCUAAGCAAGUCUAUGUUUGAUCUUACAAGUUCAUCUCAGAAGUUCAUGCAGAGACAUGAUUCACUGUCCAGUGUGCCUAGCAGCUCUUCAUCGAGGAAAAAUUCUCAGGGGAGCAACAGAAGCUUGGAUACGAUUACUCUGUCAGGAGAUGAAAGAGAUCUGGGGAGAUUGAACGUGAAGGUGUUUUAUAAUUCUUCAGCAGAGCAAAUCUGGAUCACAGUAUUACAGUGCAAAGAUCUAAGUUGGCCCUCUAGUUAUGGCGACACUCCUGCUAUCUCUAUAAAAGGAGUCCUAACAUUGCCCAAACCAGUGCAUUUCAAAUCUUCAGCCAAGGAAGGCUCCAAUACAAUUGAGUUUAUGGAAACUUUUGUGUUUGCUAUUAAACUCCAAAGUCUGCAAAGUGUAAGGCUUGUAUUUAAGGUUCAAACCCAGACUCCCAGGAAGAAGACCAUUGGUGAAUGCUCGCUGUCACUCAGAACUCUUAGCACACAGGAAAUGGAUUACUCUUUGGAUAUAGCACCACCUUCAAAAAUUCCUGUGUGCCAUGCGGAACUUGAGUUGGGGACUUGUUUUCAAGCAGUGAACAGCAGGAUCCAGUUACAAAUCCUUGAGGCACAGUGCCUUCCAAGCUCAUCCACACCUCUGACUUUGAGUUUUUUUGUGAAGGUGGCAAUGUUCAGCUCAGGAGAGCUGAUUUAUAAGAAGAAGACACGCCUGCUGAAGGCCUCCAACGGGAGAGUAAAGUGGGGAGAGACUAUGAUUUUCCCACUGAUACAGAAUGAAAGGGAAAUUUGUUUUCUCGUUAAGCUUUAUAGUCGAAGCUCUGUAAGAAGAAGACACUUCGUGGGGCAGAUUUGGAUAAGUGAAGACAGUACUAACGUUGAGGCAGCAAACCAGUGGAAAGAGACCAUUACAAAUCCAGAAAAGGUUGUCAUCCAGUGGCACAGAUUAAACCCAUCCUGAAGACUUCCCGCGUUACUUGGUAAAGAAUUGGACAUUCUUUUAGAAGACUUAAGAUUUCAGUUUGCUACCAAUGAGAAGAGGCAAAUCAAUAUAUUUCUCAAGUCUUUCAUGGAGGUCAUAAUUAUAGUAUUUAAUGGAUCUGUUAGAAAAUUAAACUUGAUAAAACAUGGUAUGAAUUACAUCAGGUAUCCAAAGUAAAGGAAAUGUUUAAGAACUGUGCCGAAAUAGACAACAAAAGGGUGGUGUUAAUAGGGCAACUAAAUAAAUUACAAAACCAGUGAGGAUAUCAACCAUGGAUAGUUACAGCCAUAUUAUGUUCAUAGGGUCUUCUUUAAGCUUUACCUAGAUAUUCAAAAUCUACCACGUCAUCCUUGAUAGGGCUAUUAGGCAUUUAGAAGACUUUACUGCUGACUGUUUCAGUGCUAAUCAUUACUGGUUAUAUCUUGACUUUAUUGUUUACUUUUUGCUACAUAUUUUCUCCCAGAAAGCAAAAAUGAAUUGAUCUGCUUCAGCUCCUGGGGAAAGUUUGUGCCCUGUGUUUAUCACUCCUUAUCCAUAAGGUCUCACAUUGCCAGUUUGUCUCAAAGAAACGUCAGAUAUAGACAACUACAUUUUGGUAAGAAUAAUGAAAACACCAGAGGUUAAAGAUUAAUUGGAAACCCUAUGUACACACAUUUUGCUGUCUUUUUCUCUCUCUCAGAUAUUUUACUCCUUGUUUUAUUAGGAGUUGAAAUAAGAUUAUCAUGCAUAUGGCCUGUCCUAAUCAGCAGAAUUAAAUGAACUUAAAUAGCAAAUUCAGUAUUUUAUGAUAAUCACAUCCUUGUUUUUAGCUUUUUUAAAUAUAAAUUAUUUGUUCUAUAAUUCACAAUGUUCGAGUAUUUUCCCAUUUUUGAAAUGACCAUACCUGAUAACACCAUGUAGCAAAUAUUUUCUAUUGCAGUGUCUCUCAGGUACUCAUUAGAACUCAGUAUGUGGAUAAUUUCAGUUUAAUUGGCCAUGCACACUGGCCCAAAAGAACAGCUCUUUGGAGAAAUAAAUAAGGCUGUCCCUGA